AUGCGGCUGGCGGUGAGGCGUGGGGGUCGUCUGCUGCAGCCACGCGACUUUACCCGGCUUGCAUUCUCCACUGCGGAACCACAGAGGCGCAGGGGGUUCUUCUCCGUGUUUCAGCACGGCCCCCGUAGUCGUGCGGAGCUGUGGGGGCUUUGCCUUGGGUGCUCCGUCUUCCCGCUUUCCGUGGCGCUGAUAAACUGGUACGACAGGCAGAAGGAGUCGCCGCCUGAACUGGCACCGGAGUUUCAAUCGAUGCAGUCUGUCAUGAUGACGCCCAAGCAGCAGCUGGGGGGGCCAUUCCGACUGCGGGACAGCCGCACAGGCGCCUACAUCACCGACCAGGAAUUGUUUCAGAAUCACUGGACGCUGUUGUACUUUGGCUUCUCCAAGUGUGCGGAGGUGUGCCCGACAACGCUGCAGUUUAUUACCGAUGUUAUGAGGGCCUGCGAUGCCAGGCUGAUGGACAGUACUGCGUCUGAAGUGAAGAAGCUGCAGGCAGUGUUUUUAAGCAUAGACUCCUUUCGUGACACCCCAGAGGUUCUAGAGAAGUAUAUAGCCAAGUAUGAUCCCCGUCUUCGUGCCUUGUGUGGCAACGCGCAGGAGGUACGGCAGGCGGCCAGCGCGUGGCGUGUUUACUACUCUUCCGUCGAGGAAACGGAUGAGGAACGGGAGGCACGUGAGGCAAAGGGGAUUCCCGAGGUUUACCUGGAUGACACCUACCAGUUUGAUCACAGCUGCGCCAUUUACCUUGUUGGCCCGGAUGGCAAGAUGAAGGACUUCUUCUUUAAAGAGAUGGGACUGGAGGACGCCGUCAGUAGGCUGGAGGUGCACUUUGCAGACAUAUACGGUUUUAAGGACACACGAUAG